GUUAGCUAGGAAGUCUGUCUAGCGUGCCCGCUUCACCGUUUUGAACCGCACAUCUCCAAUUCCUUUUAACCUUUAUCUCUUGUGGCAGUUUGUUGCUGAAGCUGAAAUUCUACCAAAUAGUAACAAGUGUACAUAUGUAGUUGUUUUACAUUAAAAUAAGAAAUAUACCUUUAUCGGGGUGUUCCACAUUACUCCGCAACGCCGUAGAUCAUAUGUAACUUUGACGGUGUGUGGCUCUGUCUGUCUGCGUUAGCACUGAAAACAAACUUUGUUACAAAGCAAAAGAAGAUGGUCACUCCGAAUGAGCGUUAGACCACGAAUUACACGGCCUGUGUGAACUUGCAGUGGGGGAUUAUCUGUGUGUUUCUUGUCAUACUCGCAACGCCAACGGAGCUGCGAACUCACAGUCUCUGCUGGAAAGAUUUGUCAUGUCAGCAACCGAGUUGAAAAAACUUAUCCAAAGGUUCUACGUCCUUCAAGCCGAACGAGUGGAGGCCUACACGCUGUUCGAGGAGGGCCACGAGGCGUACCUGAGGACGGGUCCGCACUACGACUUCCUGCGCUACCGGCAGCUCGUGCACGAGAUCGCGCAGGCGUUCGGCGGCAUCUCGAGGGAAGUGCUGGACAUCAAGGAGCGGCUGCACCGCGACUUCGAUCGCGUCGAUCUAUCGGAGCACAUCGAGAAACUGCAGGAGAAAGAGAAACAGAAGCUGGAGCUGACAGCCAAGCUGCAGCUGGCAAAGCAGAAUGCCCAGGAGCACCCAGAAGAUGAGGGCUGUCAGGAGAAAAUCCAAGAAAUCAGACAGGACAUUAUAAGGAACAAGGAGGCACUGAGUGAGAUCCUGCAGGACUUUAAGUAUGACUCGGAGGAAACCGAGUGAAGAGAGUUCCCUGGAAGUGACCUCUUUGACAGGGACUGAUAAGGUUAUACUGGCUUCACUUGCAGCACAGAUGCAGGAUGAUGAUCUGUAAUUUAAAUCCAUCUGCCUUACUGCUCCAUUUGAUGCUUACUUGCUUUUUUGCAAACAUAUUUUCUGGAUAUGAUCCACAAUAUUAUUCCCUUCAUUUACCAUGUUUUUCUUAUAAAUGUACUGCCCAAAAUGUCAUUUUGGUGAAGUCUGGUCAGUGUGUACAUAAAAAUUCCAGUCCAAGUACUAUUCUUUACUUUUUAUUAUUUUAUAAAGUUAUUCUGUGUGCUUAUCAUAAUUGUUAUUAUUGCUACCUACACAUAACUUAAGGAAAUAAAUGUAACUUCAGAUUUUUAAAUAUGUUGAUACAAAUUCAAUACAAAAAUAGAAGCAAUGAAACAAAAAGUUUCUCUCACACACAACGCAGACAAUUCAGAGGAAUGAAGUGAAAUCCCACUGCAAAGUAUCAGAUCACCACUUUCACAUGACUAGCCAUUGUGAAACCACAAAACCACCGAUUGGCUGCUCACUUUACCGGGGUUGGCCUUCGCUCGAUGAGUGCUCAGCAAUUCCCCUGCUCCUGGGUAAAAGUUCUGGAGCAGAGUUGGGGGAAUUUGUACAGUGGGCUUUGUCAUAGCAUUCUCCUCCUUACUUCCACUGAUCUGUUCUUUACGAGGAGAUAUGGGAAUGCCUAGUUGCUGUCACAGUGGCAAUGUCCUCACUCUGAUGCAUUGACAUGCAUUGACAUGUACACGUCCCCUUGCAUGUGUCACAUGUGGUUGUUCACAAGGUGUGGCUAUAGGCUCUACUACACAGCUUCUGGUCUCAAUGCUACAUUCAGACUGAUUGUUCUUUCAGUGCUCCAGGGUGGUGGCAUUAAAAAGCUAUUUAGAUAUCUUCUAAUUUACCUGUUUCAUAGGAAUAUAACUCAGAUGCAGGUCCUGUUGAAGGCAGAUCAUGUACAGUUGAUACAGAAUACAAUUCUGCUCAUAGAGAUUCCAGUCUGCUUUAAAAAUCAUAGGUUGACGGCACUGUGAAGUGCAACCAGUUCCCACAGAGGUUUUUUCCCUUGAAAAUUUCCACAUAUUUUCCUGCAGGACCAGACAUUUGGAGCGUGUACCA